AUGCUGAAAUUUGAUUUAUAUCGUAAGUUGCCAUAGGAUUUGAUAGAGCCAUCGAAAUCAGGUGCAUUGAUCUCUUUUACAUCAUUGAUUUUGAUGUUUAUAUUAUUUAUUACAGAAUUCUAGGAAUAUCUCACUCAACAAGUAUAAACAGAGAUGUAUAUCGAUUAAAAUAAGGAUGAUAAACUUUUAGUUAAUAUGGAUAUCUCAUUUCCUAAUAUGCCAUGUGAUUUUAUAAGUAUAGAUUAACAAGAUGUAAUCGGAACUCAUUAAUAAAAUGUUGAAGGAGAGCUGUACAAAAGCAGAACACUAAAUGGGAAAGUCAUUGAUAAAUAUUUAUCAACAAAUGAUUCAUUGAAUUUGGAGAGAGCCUAGUAAGCAUACCAAUAAAAAGAAGGCUGUGAUCUGGCUGGAUAUAUCAUAAUAAGUAGAGUUCCUGGUAACUUCCAUAUAUCUGCUCACCCAUAUGGAGGGUAAGUGAAUAUGGUACUGCCUUUUGUUGGAUUGUCAGUCAUUGAUUUAUCGCAUUCAAUAAAACACCUGUCCUUUGGAAAAUAAAAUGACAUAUAAAAAAUUAGGGAGAAGUUCAAAUAAGGGCUGCUUAAUCCUUUAGAUGGCAUACGCAGAAUAAAGACAUAGGAACUAACAAAUGUUGGAGUGACUCAUCAAUAUUAUAUUUCUAUUGUUCCAACACUCUACGUUGACAUCGAUAAUAAAGAAUAUUUUGUAAAUCAAUUUGCAGCCAAUACAAACGAAGCUUAGACAACAUAAAUGCCCGCUGUUUACUUUCGAUAUGAUAUAUCUCCUGUUACUGUCCAAUUUACUAAAUAUUAUGAAAGCUUUAAUCAUUUCAUCGUCCAACUUUGUGCUAUUCUGGGGGGAGUAUUUACGAUAGCUGGGAUCAUAGAUUCCAUAUUUUAUGCAUGUAAUAGUAGAUUUAAUAUUUAAGUACAGAAAACUAUGGUUGUUUUGGAGUAAUGA